AUGAAAUAUGAAUAUGAUGAUGAUCAAAAAGAAAGAGUUAAUAUGUUCAACAGAUUAGCAGCCACUGGUAAAUACAUCAGUAGCAAUAGCAGUAGACUUGUCAACAACAACAACACAAUGAUGAUCAAUAAUGGUCGUUUAUCAUUCCAAAGAUACUACUCUAGCAUCACUGAAGAUUUCAAAAAGAAGGCUCAAUCACAAGUAGAUGCUGCUCCAUGUGUCCUCUAUAUGAAGGGUACUCCACAAAACCCACAAUGCGGUUUCUCAAACACUGUAGUCCGUAUCCUCGAUACUGAAGGUGCUACUUUUAGUUCACAUAACAUCUUGAUCGACGAUGAACUUAGACAAGGAAUGAAGGAAUUUUCUGACUGGCCAACAUUCCCACAAGUAUACAUCAAGGGAGAGUUUGUAGGUGGUGCCGAUAUUAUGAUUUCAAUGUUCAAGAGUGGAGAAUUAUCAAAUAGAAUAUUCAAUAAUAUCGGUAGAGUAUUAUUACAUGUAUUAGUUGUUCGGAAAAUCCCAUAA